CACAUUUAGUACAUUUCGCUGUACGUGGUUACGGUGCUCUGGUUACAAGUAUGAGUGUUCUAAUUUCAAUGCAAUCGGUAAUCCUGACGGCAGCCAUUAUGCUGCUCAUCGCCAGUUGGAGGUUGUAUGAAAAACGAAGAUCCUUCCGUAAUAUAACUUCCAAAUUGCCCACGCAGUACGGAGUACCUUUUGUUGGCAUCGCAUAUCAAUUCUUUUAUUCAAGUAAGGUUUAUAGCUCUUUAAGCCGUAGUUUCGAUGAAUUAAAAAGUUUAACCACUUGCGUGUGGGUAGCCACGACUCCGAUUAUACUUACCGUCGAGCCAGAAGUAAUUAAACAUGUCACAUCUUCGAGUGAAUUUCUCAACAAAGCCAGAGAUUUGUAUGCUCACUUUAAUAACGGUGUCAUAAAUGGGAUUAUUGUGAAUCCAGCCGAGAAAUGGAAACCAGAUCGCAAAGCAAUAAGUCCUUUUGUUAGCCACAAUAACCUCAUGAGCUUUUUCCCGUUAUUCAACGACACUGCACAGAAUGUCAAACGGAAGUUAACCUCUAUAGCUGGUCGCGAUGAACAGGACGUCUUCGGUGUUAUAAAAGCUUUUGGCUUACAAUUGAGCAUUUUGACUAUAAUGGGCAUGAAAAUGGAAGAAGGAACUAAGAAGUAUAACGAGAUUUUGAAUGCAUUUAACAUUUUGGUUCAUCACAUGGCAGAGAAUUCAGUUUACUCCUCGGUGGGCUUAGGAUUUCUAACUCUAACGCCAGAUUACAAAAAAACACUUAAAUUUUUAAGAGAGUUAGUACGCGAUUUGAUUAAGAAAAAUCCCUCUCUCAAAGCCGAGUCGGAUGAAUACGAAGACGGCAAACAAACGGUAAUUAAUUUGACGCUAAAAGCUAUGAAACAAGGAAUAUACAAUGUCAAAGAAGUGGAAAUUCAGAGUUUUUCAAUGAUUGCUGCGUCCUACGAGACGUCAGCUACUGCGGUGUACUCGGUACUUGUGAUGCUAGCGAUGCAUCCGGAAAUUCAGGAUCGUGUAUUUGAAGAAGUUCGUUCUGUAUUUCCAGACGAAGUCUCUUCAGUGGGGUACGACGAUAUGAAAAAAUUUCCUUACUUGGAUAUGGUCAUAGCAGAGACUUUGCGACUAGCUCCACCAAUACCGUGCAUUGGACGACAAACACUAAAUGAAACCGAACUACGUCCCGGUGUAAGGAUUCCCAAGGAAAUGCAAGUUGUCAUACCAAUUUACGAAUUGCAUAGGCGCAAAGAGAUUUGGGGCCCGGAAGCAGAUCGUUUUAACCCCGACAACUUCCUACCUGAAAAUAUUGCAAAGCGUCAUCCGUGUGCGUAUAUGGCUUUCUCAAAAGGACCGCGCAAUUGCAUAGGUUUCCGUUACGCAGAAUUCACAUUGCGCGUGUUGUUGAUAACUUUACUCCGCAGUCUUAAAUUCUCAACAACUUUUAAAUAUCAUGAUAUUGUUUUCAUGCCAAAAGUUACUUUGGGCUAUGAAGUGGAGCCGCUAUUAAGCAUAGAAGUCAGAGCUUGAGGUGGAUAGUCUUCAUUCGAUUUUAAAUAUAAGGAUUAAAAUAUUAAAUAAGAUGUUUAUUUUUAAUGGAACUACACUUUGUAAAAUUUAUUUAAAUAG